AUGGAGUCGAAUUCUGAUAGCAAUACUACUUGGGGUUCGAAGCUUGAGAAACUUCUGGACGAACCUGAUGAUAAUGAUACUGAAGAAGUUAACAGUACCAGGGAGACGAAGAUUGCCAAAAUUGAGCAAGAAGUUAAAGAUCAUUCCAGUACAAGUACUACUUGGGGUUCGAAGCUCGAAAAACUUAUGGAAGAACUUGAUGAUAAUGAUACUGAAGUUGAUGGUCCUGGGCCUCCUGGCAGUACCAGUAGUAGUACUACUACUUGGGGUUCGAAGCUCGAAAAACUUCUAGAAAUUGAUGCUAAUGAUACUGAAGUUGAUGGUCCCAAUACUAGGGAGACGAAGAUUGCCAAAAUUGAGCAAGAACGUGAUGCUGAUGAUAUUGAAGAAGUUAACAAAAAUCAUUCCAGUACAAGUACUACUUGGGGUUCGAAGCUCGAAAAACUUAUGGACGAACUUGAUACUAAUGAUACUGACGAUGAAGUUAAUGGUCCCAGUAACAGAUCCGCCACUACUAGUACUACUACUUGGGGUUCGAAGCUCGAAAAACUUUUGGCAGAACCUGAAGCUAAUGAUACUGAAGUUGAUGGUCCCAGUACCAGUACUAGUUGGGAUACGAAGUUGGACACACUUAUGCAAGAACCUGAUGCUAAUGAUACUGAAGAAGUUGACAGUACCAGUACUACUAGUUCCAGUACUACUAGUUGGGAUACGAAGUUGGACAAACUUAUGCGAGAACUUGAUGCUAAUGAUACUAAAGAAGUUAACAAUACCAGGUCGGAGGAGUCUAUAUUGCAGGAUAUUUAUGCUCUUCUCCAAGAACCAUUUAACUUCUCCUUUAAGAGCUUGGUGGAAGUAGAGAAAGAGGAGUAUGCUGCGCAAAAUCAAGAAUGUGCAGAAGCAGCUAUAUCUUUCUUGAAUGCUUCCUGCAAAAAUGCUGAGGGUGGUACCGAGUAUGAGCUUGUGGAGCCGGUGUCUAGUUUAUCAUUUGUGACUACAAGUCGCGGAUUACACUACCAUGCCAACUUUAAGGCUAAGUCGAAAAAUGAUCCGGAAGCUAAGCCAUUACUCUUUUUUGUUGAAUUGGUGAUCGAGAAGCCAGAACCUCAAGUUACCCUUUGCACUUGCUUGGGACCUAGUGACUCAGAAUCAGCUGCCACUGGACUCAAUGGUUGCGAAGUCUGCUCAAAGAUUCAGAUUCAUCAUCCUAAGAGUGGGGCAUUUGCGGUUUCUGGCAUCAGGUUGCAUGAUGUGCACAAUGAGGAAGUUGCUUAA